AUGAUGCGUGCUGCGGCUGCCCUGCUGGCGCUCCCGGCGUCGGCCCUCGUCGCGCCGCAGCCGCGCCUCCGCGCGCCGCGCGUCCUGCGCUCGGCGCCGGCGGCCGCGCCGCCCACCGCCGACUCGCCGCCGCGCUGCGCCGUCGUCGCCGCCGAGGUCGCCGACGGCGGCAAGGCCGUGGACGUGUCCUUCGGCUCCGGCGCGACGUACCGCUUCCACGCGCUCUGGCUCCGCGACGCCUGCCGCGACGAGGCCCACGUCGCCGCGGCCGCCGGCGAGCGCAUCCUCACGGCGACGCCAGUCGGCCCCUUACACGAGAUGUGCGACCCGGCCGCGCUGCGCGCGACGGCCGUCGGCGUCGCGGACGGGCGCCUCGACGUCGCCUGGAACGGCGGCGCGACGGCGUCGUCGAUGCUAGAUGGCGCGGCCCUCUUCGAGCUCGCGCCCGCCGUCGCGAACGGCGUCGCGAAGCCCCUCGACGACCGCGCGAAGCUGGAGAACUCCGUCGCGGACCCCGCGAUCCCGGCGUGGCUCGAGCCCUACACGGGCUUCCCCGGCGCGCCCGCGCCGGCGGAUUGGACGCCCUACGGCGGCGACGCGGCGCCGAGCGCCCACUUCCCGCGGCGCUUCGACCUCGCGGAGCUCGAGCGGUGCGAGGCGACGCAGGUCGCGUACCUCCGCGCGAUUUUAGAGGAGGGCGCGGCGCUCGUCGAGGGCGUGCCCGACAGGGCAGGAAAAGAGAGCGAAAUUCCCAACUUCAAAGGCUCCUAUCUCGGCCGUUUUCCACUCGUGCCCGACGAGGCGAGCGGCGUCUUCGUGCGGCGCUUCGCCGACGACUUCCUCGGCGGCAUGCAGAAGGAGCCGACGCGCGACGAGCGCAACUGGCGCAUCGUGCGGCGCGAGAACGCGGCGUCGAUCUCCUACGACCCGGCGAAGCGCCUCUACCAGCACACGGACUCGAGCGUGCCGCCCCACGGCAUCCCCGCGCUCAUGCUCACGAUGCACUACGUCGAGGGCUACGGCGCGAACACGCUCACGGACGGCUUCGCCGUCGCGCGCGACCUCCGCGCCGCGGACCCCGAGGCGUUCGAGCUGCUCGCGACGCACGGCGUCGACGCCGAGCGCGACUUCGCCGGGUCGCGCGCGGACAGCGUCCAGGCCCACAAGCAGGGGCUGGUCAUCAAGCGCAAGCACCCCCUUUUUGUUUUAGACGACGACGGCGAGCUCGCGCGGGUCCAGUACAACGAGGUCUUCCGGACGGCGCUGUCGCUGCCCUACGACGUCUUCCCGAGGUACUACGCGGCGUUCUCGACGUUCGUCGAGAUGCUCCACAACCCCAAGUACGAGCGCACGGUCGACAUGGCCGAGGGCAACCUCCUCGUCAUGAACAACUGGCGCACGCUCCACGGCCGCGCGGGCGGCCGCGCGUCGCCGAACCGCCACAUCGUCGGCGGCACGGUGCUCCGCGAGGCGAUCUUCUCCAAGGCCAUGGGCCUCGCCGCGGCGGACUAG